UCUCUUAUUGUUUCUGUUUGUUUUUUCUAAUUUCUUUUGUUUCUUUCUCAUUUAAUAUUCCUUUCUCUGGCUCUUUUCUAUCUGAUAAUUCUUCCUCGCUAAGAUUCUCCCUCCUUGUCCUUUUCUCUUCUUAUCUAUUGCCCGUCUCAGAAUUCUCUCUAUGCUUCUUCAAUACCUUAUGGUUGAAAGCAAUCGAAAUUGAGAUCUGCAAAAGUUUGUAAUAUGGCGGAGGAGCACAGAUGCAAAGCGCCGGAAGGUCACCGUCUCUGCGCCAAUAACUGUGGGUUUUUCGGGAGUUCCGCCACGAUGAACCUCUGCUCCAAAUGUUACAGUGACUAUUGUCUCAAGGAACGACAACAACAACAAGAAGCUUCCGUUAAAGCCUCACUCUACGUUUCAUCUUCGUUGCCUUCUGUCCCCGUCGGCGAUUCUCAGCCUUCCCCGGCGAUCGCCUUACCAGAGGUACGGAGUCCUGCGACGGAGGUGCCGGCAGCGGUUGAGCAGCCGAGUCGGUGCUUCACGUGCAGGAAGCGGGUCGGCUUGAGCGGAUUUAAAUGCCGGUGCGGGAUUACGUUCUGUGGGACACAUAGGUACCCGGAGCAGCACGGCUGCACCUUCGAUUUCAAGAAGGUCGGAAGAGAGCAGAUCGCGAGGACCAAUCCUCUCGUCGUAGCUGAGAAGCUCGACAAGAUUUAGUCUGGACCGGUGGAUCUUAUGAACCGGGGAAAAAAACGACAAAAGGAUGAUCGGCCUUGAAUCAGAUGAAAAACCACCACCGUCAUCACAACCGUGAAUCACGCAGCUGUUCUGGCAUAUGUCUACGAAGUUAGAAAAUCUUUUCUCUAUAUUCCUUCUUAAUAUUAUUAUAAAAUUAUAUUCUCAAAAAAAUAAUUUGUGAAAAUAUUAAAAAAGAAAAAAAAAGAUUUGGAGUUGAUUUUCA